CUUCCGUUCCGGGAGGGCGGAGCCGCAUCCCAAACGGAAGGUGGUGGUUGCAGGAGCAGAAGCUGGUUCGAAACUGAGGGUCGGGCCCGGCUGUCGUUUUUUGUCGCCGCAGCCCAGCUUCCGGGCUAGGCCGUUCCUGCCCGCCCCCGCCCCGCCUUCCUUCGGGCUCCUAGGUCCCAGGCCCGGCUUUCCGCCCGACUCGCGCCCCGUCUGCGGCAGCCCGCUGCCGACCAGGCCCGCACUGCGGCCCCGCGGCCACCAUGUCCCUGCACGGCAAACGGAAGGAGAUCUACAAGUAUGAAGCGCCGUGGACCGUCUACGCCAUGAACUGGAGCGUGCGGCCAGACAAGCGCUUUCGCCUGGCGCUGGGCAGCUUCGUGGAGGAGUACAACAACAAGGUUCAGCUUGUUGGUUUAGAUGAGGAGAGCUCGGAGUUUAUUUGCCGAAACACUUUUGACCAUCCGUAUCCUACCACAAAGCUCAUGUGGAUCCCUGACACAAAAGGCGUCUAUCCAGACCUACUGGCGACAAGUGGUGACUAUCUCCGUGUGUGGAGGGUUGGUGAAACAGAGACCAGGCUGGAGUGUUUGCUAAACAAUAACAAGAACUCUGAUUUCUGUGCUCCCCUGACUUCCUUUGAUUGGAAUGAGGUGGAUCCUUAUCUUUUAGGUACCUCAAGCAUUGACACAACUUGUACCAUUUGGGGGCUGGAGACAGGGCAGGUAUUGGGACGAGUGAAUCUUGUGUCUGGCCAUGUGAAGACCCAGCUGAUCGCCCAUGACAAAGAGGUCUAUGAUAUUGCAUUUAGCCGGGCUGGUGGUGGCAGGGACAUGUUUGCCUCUGUGGGCGCCGAUGGCUCAGUGCGGAUGUUUGACCUUCGCCACCUGGAACACAGCACCAUCAUUUAUGAAGACCCACAGCAUCACCCGCUGCUUCGCCUCUGCUGGAACAAGCAGGACCCUAACUACCUGGCCACCAUGGCCAUGGAUGGAAUGGAGGUGGUGAUUCUGGAUGUCCGAGUUCCCUGCACACCUGUCGCCAGGUUAAACAACCACCGAGCAUGUGUCAAUGGCAUUGCUUGGGCCCCACAUUCAUCUUGCCACAUCUGUACUGCAGGUGACCAUGGUGGGGAGAAACUGCCCCACCUGAGACCAACGUCCCCCAGAGACCCAUGCCCGAGGGACUUCCUGCCCUGGCCCCCACCUGUCUCUGCCACCCCCACCACCUCACACCACUAUGAGACGCUGGACAAGGAUGCAGCAGAGGUCAGCAGCACUGCUGACAGAUGGGAUGAUGAAGACUGGGACAGCCCGGAGCAGGAGGCCAAGUCUGUGUUGACCCAGCAGGACGACUGGAGCGCCGGGGGUCAAGCAAGCCGUGCUGGGCAGGUCAGCAACCCAGACCACAAAUCCCUAGAGUCCGACUGGAGUAGCUCGGAAGCUGAGGGCUCUUGGGAGCAGGGCUGGCAGGAGCCAAGCUCCCCAGAGCCGCCCCCUGAGAGCAUGAGGCUGGCCAGCGAGUGUAACCGGGGUGGCCCGGAGCCCAACAAGGCAACACUUUUGCUGCCCUAUCCGCACGUCCCAGCGCACAGCUGA